CAACGCAGUAGCAAUUAGGUGUCGAAACAAAAUACCACUGAUAAAAACCCAUGGCAUCGUAGCCAACAAUACUUUUUCAUUUCUCUUUGUGGGAAGAAGAUAACAAUGUUGAAGUUGGGAAUUGUGUUUCUAAUAUUGAUUCUAACGCCUUUACUGCCGGCGGCACUGUCUAAGUAUGAAGCCAUAGAGCCUUUGCUGCAGCGCUUGGACUCCAAAAGGGCACCUCCAUCCGUGCAAGAAGCCGCCGCCAUUGGUCUUCUCAAAAGGCUGCUUCCUAUCCAUUUCUCCAGUUUUCAGUUCAAAAUAGUUUCCAAGGAUGUCUGUGGCGGAGACAGUUGUUUUCUAAUAAACAAUCACAACAAGUCAAGCCAGAAUGAGCCUGAGAUUAUCAUUAGAGGAACCACGGCUGUUGAGAUUGCAUCUGGCCUCCAUUGGUAUCUUAAGUAUUGGUGUGGUGCUCAUGUCUCAUGGGAUAAGACAGGUGGCAUUCAGACAACUUCAAUCCCUGAGCCAGGGUCACUACCCAGUUUAAAAGAUGAGGGUCUGAAGAUUAAACGCCCUGUUCCAUGGAAUUAUUACCAAAAUGUUGUUACCUCUAGUUAUUCAUAUGUUUGGUGGAACUGGGAAAGGUGGGAAAAAGAGUUAGACUGGAUGGCACUUCAGGGGGUGAAUCUUCCCUUGGCAUUUACUGGGCAGGAAGCAAUUUGGCAAAAGGUUUUUAAGGAUUUUAACAUAAGUUCAAAAGACUUGAAUAAUUUCUUUGGUGGACCUGCUUUCCUUGCUUGGGCUCGCAUGGGAAAUUUACAUGGCUGGGGUGGGCCUUUAUCUCAAAAUUGGUUAGAUCAACAAUUGGUGUUACAAAAACAGAUAAUCUCUCGAAUGCUGGAGCUGGGGAUGACUCCUGUGCUGCCAUCCUUCUCUGGGAAUGUUCCAGCUGCUUUGACAAAGAUAUUCCCUUCGGCAAAAAUAACUAGACUUGGUGACUGGAACACUGUUGACGGUGAUCCUCGUUGGUGCUGUACAUACCUUCUUGAUCCAUCUGAUCCUUUAUUUGUUGAAAUAGGGGAGGCUUUUAUAAGGAAGCAAAUCAAAGAAUAUGGGGAUGUAACGGACAUUUACAACUGUGACACGUUCAAUGAAAACUCCCCACCUACCAAUGAUCCAGAAUAUAUAUCAAAUCUUGGAGCUGCAGUAUAUAAAGGGAUUUCCAAAGGUGACAAGGAUGCUGUCUGGUUAAUGCAAGGCUGGCUCUUCUACUCUGACUCAUCAUUUUGGAAGCCACCUCAAAUGAAAGCACUUUUACAUUCUGUUCCAUUUGGGAAGAUGAUUGUUCUUGAUCUAUUUGCUGAUGUAAAACCAAUAUGGAAAAAUUCCUUUCAGUUUUAUGGUACUCCUUAUAUCUGGUGCAUGCUACAUAACUUUGGUGGCAAUAUUGAAAUGUAUGGCACUCUGGAUUCAAUUUCUUCAGGGCCUGUUGAUGCUCGUGUCAGUGCAAACUCAACAAUGGUAGGUGUUGGUAUGUGCAUGGAAGGAAUAGAACAGAACCCUAUUGUUUAUGAGUUGAUGUCUGAAAUGGCAUUUCGUGAUAAGAAAGUUAAAGUUUCGGAAUGGAUCAAGAGUUAUUGCCAUAGACGAUAUGGUAAAGUUAUUCAUCAAGUCGAGUCUGCUUGGGAGAUUCUUUAUCAUACAAUUUACAAUUGUACCGAUGGAAUUGCUGACCAUAAUCAUGAUUUCAUUGUAAUGUUUCCUGACUGGAAUCCAUCCACAAAUUCUGUAACUGGCACAUCCAACAACCAGAAGAUAUACCUGUUGCCACCUGGAAAUAGAAGGUACUUAUUUCAGGAAACACUAUCUGAUAUGCCACAGGCACAUUUGUGGUACCCCUCUGACGAUGUAAUUAAGGCAUUACAACUAUUCCUAGCUGGUGGGAAGAAUCUUGCUGGAAGUCUCACAUAUAGGUAUGACCUGGUUGACUUGACACGGCAAGUAUUAUCAAAAUUGGCAAACCAGGUAUACCACAAGGCAGUUACUUCUUAUCAGAAGAAGAAUAUUGAAGCUUUGCAAUUUCACAGCAAUAAGUUUCUUCAACUGAUAAAAGAUAUUGAUGUACUGCUUGCUUCGGAUGAUAACUUUCUUCUUGGAACUUGGCUUGAGAGUGCUAAGAAACUGGCAGUGAAUCCAAGUGAGAUAAAGCAGUAUGAAUGGAAUGCUAGGACGCAAGUGACAAUGUGGUUUGAUACCAAUGAAACUACUCAGAGCAAGCUCCAUGAUUAUGCUAACAAGUUUUGGAGUGGGCUUCUGGAAAGCUACUAUCUCCCUCGAGCUUCAACCUAUUUUAGUCAUUUGACAGAAAGCUUGAGACAAAAUGACAAGUUCAAGCUGAUUGAGUGGAGAAAACAAUGGAUUUCACAGUCAAACAAAUGGCAGGAAGGUAAUGAGCUCUACCCGGUAAAGGCCAAAGGAGAUGCUCUGACCAUCUCUCAAGCUCUCUAUGAAAAGUAUUUUCAAAAUAAGUUGAUAAACCAUUAAACUGGAGAAUAUGAGUGCACAGAACUAUUUACAUUGUUCCAUAUUCUUCAUACAAAAGUAAUAUUGAGCCCCCUACCAUAUUGGGCUGGUUGUGUUGUGUUCUUGUGAUACUUGCAAUUAUUUUCCCAAUGCUUGACAGUAGUUGACAUUAUCUCAGCAAUUGAGCUUUCAGAUAAAUGUGCGUUUCGAAUGAAUUGUUAGCUAAUUAUUUUACAUGCGUUUAUUAAAGAUUUAAAUAUAUUUUUGGUA